UUCUCAUUGGCAAUUGUUUUUAAUUUGUUGUAAUUCAAGUCUUGUUGUUCUUCCACAAACCAUUGAGAGUUAAUUUCUAACCUCUCUCAAGCCUUCCAAUAGACAAUACAAUGGCCAGCGAUAAGAUGGUACUGCCAAUUACCGCACAGCAACCCAGUGAGGAUGAUGAUGAUCAGCUGAACCCGUUUACCAUGAACCACAGCGAGAUCAUGGAUCUAAUUUCUGCAACCCAUAUUGUUCCUGCUGACGAAAAAUUUGAUGCCGACUCUCUUUUCGUUGUCGUCAAAAACAUUCUUAGGCGUUCAACCAAUAUUGUCGGCAAUGUUUUACAGGGCCAAGAACACCUGGAGAACCUGGAGGAAGAAGUAUCUAGAAUUAGCUUCAAUCCGCUAUUACGCACACUCAAGCAACUUAUCCAUGAGAUGGCAUGCAAGGCUCCGGGUGUGGAAAUUGCACACAAAACAACGAUGUUAAUACUUAACAAACUCUCAAGCUAUUCAUGGGAUGCUAAGGCUGUGCUGAUACUUGCAACUUUUGCUUUGGAUUAUGAGGAUUUCUUGGUGCCUCACUCAUCGCACCAACUCAUUGAAUCAAUGGAGAUACCAAAACAUGUACCUGCCACCUUAAAGCACUCGGACAUUCAAAAAUACGGGAAAACGAUUUGUGAACUUAACGAAAUUAUCAUUAACAUGUUGGACGUUAUCGAGUCCGUCUUUGAGGCGAAGAAGCUACAUGAUCUUGCUAUAGAGGAUGAACAUUUAUCAAGAUAUAAAUUGGAUUCCGUGGACCCGGUGAAUAUCUAUUGGAUUAUCAUUACUGUUAUAGCUUGCACAACUCAGAUGUAUUGUCUCAAAAGCGAUGAGGACAAGACACAGGAACUACUUCCCUUCACCCAGAAAAUCAGUGACAUCGACUUCAUGCGAGGGUGGAGCAUAGAAAUUCACCGUUCAGAGAUAGAGAAACUGAAGGCAAUUAGAAGGAAAAUGAAGGAACUUUUACAAACACCUGACGAAAUCAUAGAGGUUUUCAAGGCGUUGAUUUUCGCCAAGGAUGAUAUGCAGCCUCUUAUUGACGGUUCUACCAACAAAAUGAUUAGCAUCGAAGAGCUGAAAAAGAAAAGGGUUCUAUUGCUCAUUUCAGGCCUAGACAUCUCCAGGGAUGAUAUCUCAAUUUUAAAGUCAAUUUAUGAUGGAAUAAGAGAAAAUGGGUAUGAUCAGUACAAAAUUGUAUGGAUCCCAAUUGUGGAGCAAUGGACUGAUGGCCUGCAAAAGAAGUUUGAGAUGUUGCGGUCUAAAAUGCCAUGGUACAUAGUGCAAUACUUUUCACCACUAGCAGGCAUCAAAUUCAUUAAGGAGGCGUGGCACUUCGAGAAUAGACCUAUUGUCGUGGUGAUGAACUCGCAAGGGGAUGUAUUUAACGAAAAUGCACUCUACAUGAUUAAGAACAUAGGAAUGGAUGCCUUCCCUUUCACUGUACCGGUCAUCCAUCCUAGCAUGCUCGUGCGUCCACAUGGACCGUACGCAAUCGAAGAGUACACCUUCUUCUGUGGAGGCAAGGACAAGAGAUGGAUUGAACAAUUCUCCGAGAAAGUAAACGUUUUGGCUGAGGAUCCGAUCACACAGGAAGCAUACAUUUUCAUAGAGUUGUCUUGCGUUGGAAAAAGUCGAAAACAGUGGCAAUUUUGGAAACAGUAUCAGGCUCAAAAGAAGACUAAGUCCGACCCUGAGAACCAGGAAAUCCAAAAGUUGUUGCUUUCCUUCAAGAAUGAGAGUAGAUGGGCCGUGUUGACCAAAUGGUCUACGAGGGUAGUCAGUGAUCAUGGGACGACAAUUCUAAAGGUCUUGGAGGCGUUUGAAGAGUGGAAGGUGAAUGUGCCUGAGAAAGGCUUCGAAAUUUGCUUCAAAGAGUACCAUGACAAGUUUCUUAAAACUGGUCCCCAGCCAUCGACAUCAUGAUCAUGGAACAUCUAAUUAUCAUUGUAUCAUGGAGGCACACAUAAGAUUUUAAAUAAGGGACAGAUCCUAACCAAAUAAAGGA